UAUCCUUCCCUUUUCUUUUUUCCAAUUCGUAUACACUUUAAAUUAUGUCUAACGUCCCAGAUUAUUAUUUUAUUCUUGAUAUUCCCACAACAGCAACACAUGAUGAUAUCCGUGAAGCAUAUAAAAAGCAAGCACUUAUCAACCAUCCCGACCGACUACCUAGUGAUGCUACAAGAGAGGAACACGAAGAAGCCACAAGAAAGUUUCAACUUGUUGCUGAUGCUUAUUAUAUACUAGGCGAUCGCUCGAGACGUGAGGCGUAUGACAAGUCAAGGACCAAAAAUCAUAACCGCUUCACACCAUUUAGUUCUGCUACACCACAUGCGUCAAGCAAUCAAGCAAACCAGAUGUUCGGUAACAUUUUCGAAGAGCUAUUAAAGCCAGAAGUUGAACACCCUUCUCAUGUUUGGAGGAUAUUCGGAGCUUGCUCAGGUGCUGUUCUGGGUUUCAUUAUCGGUAACUUACCAGGCGCUGCAGUGGUAAGUGAUUGUCUUUCUUUGACGUGAAGAAAAGAACAUUCAAAGAAUUCUCUUAUAGGGUGCUUUAGCAGGAAAAACAUUGGGUCAAGUGAGAGAUCAUAAAGGUGUCUCGG